GUCAUUGCUGUGGUCCAUCUUCUUCUAAUAAUAAUUCAAAUAGUUCAAAGCUCUGUCACAGUUCAACGAUCAGUUCCACAGAUCAAGGUUCUUCAUCAAAGAUUGUUCUUUAUCACAGUUCUUCUCAUCAUCUCCUCAACACAGCUCAAAGUUCUCCAUCCAACUGCAUGCUCGUCUUCGUCGUCGUCCUUAUUCCGUAAUCCAUCUUCCCCUUCCCGGAAAUUAUUGUCAUUAGAAGAAAAGGAUGGUGCGUUCUCAUGACUGAACACACAGCAAAGGCAUCUGCCUUUCGUGUGUUGUCGUACGUACCCUGCCUGCCUUUGAUCUGCCCUAAAAUGUUAAAAAUCAGACCUUUUUUAACGUGUGCCUGGUGGAAAUCGACUGCACAAAUAUAGUGGUGGAAGAUAGUGAUAUAACAGGAAAUGCUGACUCAGCAUUCCCAAAUUCCCGACGGCUAUACUCUAGUCUAUUAUUUGAGGCAAUAAUGUACCAUCAUAUCAGGGCAGCAAGCAAGGCUGAAACGGAACAAGGGGGUUGCUGAUUUGGAGCAGAGAGAAGAGGAGAGAGGUCAAUGUUGAGGCAAUGUUGUGUACAUUAUGGAGGUCCAUUGUCGUAAAACUCCAAAGGAGAAGACCUCUGAUACGAGAAAUGCAGCUGGAGCGGAAACUGAUCUGCUGUCGGAUCUGCCACGACCUGCUGAAGGAUCCUGUGACUAUUCCCUGUGGACACAGCUACUGUAUGAACUGUAUCGAAACCCAGUGGGACUUACAGAUCGAGAGGAGGGGCUACAGCUGCCCUCAGUGCAGAAAGACCUUCAGAGAGAGGCCGGAAGUGAUGAAAAGUACAGUGUUAGCAGCUUUAGUGGAGAAGCUGAAGACUCGACUUAAAGAUAUCCCGGAUGAACACUGCUAUGCUGGAACUACAGACGUGGCCUGUGACGUCUGCAGUGGGAAGAAGCUGAAAGCUCUCAAGUCUUGUUUGGACUGUGUUGCUUCUCUCUGUGAGAAACAUCUCCAGCCUCAUUAUGAAUCGCCGCCGUAUAAAAAGCACACACUCGUGGAGCCCUUUAAGAAGCUCCAGGACAACGUCUGCGCUCCUCACAACGAGGUGAUGAAGAUGUUCUGCCGCACUGAUCGGCAGUUGAUCUGCUACCUCUGCUCUGUGGACCAACACAAAGGCCACGACAUAGUCUCGGCUUCAGACGAAAUGAGGCACAAGGAACCAGGGGUUGAGCAGAGUCCACAAGAAAUCCAGCAGAAGCUCCAGGAUGAAGAGGACAAUGUGAGGCUUCUCAAACAGAGGCCGAGGUGGAUCUCUCUGCAGAUAAAGCCAUGGAAGAAAGGGAAAAGAUUGUCAGAGCUGACGCCUUUUCCAGCAAAAUGAGGAUCCGAUGUGAAGCAGAAGAUCCCAAAGUGAAGCUUUGUGUCAAAACACUGAUGUUAUCAUGUUUCAAACAGCAUGUUAUUUCAAGUUUGCUUAUGUGAUGAUGUUCUCGAAGGGGUGUCCCAUUUUGUGGGGAUAGUUUUUAGCCAUUUCCCUGCUGCAGUCUGUGGUCAUGGCUGAUGGAGACUUUGGGAAUUAAGGGGCAGUUACCCACACUCACUUCCUCGAUUGGUUUUUGUCUGUGGAAAAUGACUGAAGCAGGUCCAGAUCCUUACUACUUCUUCUUCUGCUUCCAAUAUGUUCCGGCAGGCUGUACACCGAGCGGUGCAAUGCUGCCGAUCACAGUUGAAAGUCCUUUGACGCAGAUUGAAAUUGCCCUUCCUUCACAUCCUUUAUCAGCUAACCUGUCAUCACAAAGUCAAGAGAGGAGGAGACGCCGUCCAUAUAUGGACCGACACUUCAUCUGAGAAGGACGAGUUAUUUAAAGACUAAGAGAAGGUGUAGAAAAACUACUGUAGAGUAAAGAAUUAUGAAGUAAAGACGGAAAACAGUUUCUCUCCAGUUCUUUGUUCCGGAUUUUUAAGUGUACCAACAAUAUGGCUCGAUGAUGCAUGUGAGCCAUAGUUAGCGUAACACCUCUUUAAAUGCUUUUAUGAUAUCAAUUGGAAAGCUGUAUUAGCAGUUUACUGUUCACUGGUGAGUAAAAGGCACCGUGUUUUGCUUUGCUGGCUACCUGAGAUGUCUUUGUCUUACUUACUGUAGUUAAACCAGCUCUGUGUUUGUGUACAGUAUGUCAGUAAACUGAAAACGAAAUGCUAAAAGUAUCUCUUUUCUACGUGUUUGUUGAACAAGUGGUUACGUUAAUAUUCUGCACAAAACACUCGUAGAGAUUUUACAUGAUUUGAAACCUAUUUUUUAUGCAUUUAGCAACUGUUUUAAUCCUUCAAAUGCUAGUUGCUGGAAGUUGAACGCUAACAGCCGGAAGAUGGACGCUUACAGCCGGAAGAUGGACGCUAACAGCCGGAAGAUGGACGCUAACAGCUGGCAGAUGGACGCUAACAGCUGGCAGAGGGACGCUUACAGCCGGAAGAUGGACGCUAAC